AUGAGCCGCCUUCUUCUCGAGCGCCCACGAUUUGGGCCACCGAGUAUGCAUGAUUUGACACCCGAUCAUGGCAUCAAAGUUGAAAAUAUGCAUGAGUCUCACAACAGGUCCUUGCUAUUAGCGGCCGCCAGAGGUUUCCAUGAGGUGGUCAACAUUCUCUUGGACCACGGCGCAAAUGUCGAACAACGUGACAGAGCCGGACGAAGCCCACUAUUGCGAGCUUUUCAAUCAGGUCACCCUUACACAAUAAAGAUACUCCUGCAGAACGGCGCCAAAUUCUUGGGGCAAUCUGGAGAAUCAUCGGCGUUAUGGCCUGCGGAACACCAAGAGUUGAUCGUUGAAUCGCUGAUUCACGGUGGCGCAAACAUUGACUCCGAAAACGAGAUCGGUAUGACCCUGUUAGCUUCUGCAGCAAAGGACGGUGAAAACUCGAUGCUAGUCGUGUUGCUGAAUCAUAAAGCCAACAUCGAGGCUACAGAUCACCUAGGGCGCACGCCACUUUGGCACGCCCUGGAGAACGAGCAAAAGCGACGUUGGGGGUGCUUUUGA